ACGCAUCUGUGAGGGUGAUGGACUUCACAGCAGAUGAGCAGCUGGAGGAGUUGUGUCCGGUGUGUGGAGAUAAAGUGUCUGGAUAUCAUUACGGCCUUCUUACCUGCGAAAGUUGUAAGGGUUUUUUCAAGAGGACGGUUCAGAAUAACAAGAGAUACACGUGCACACAGAACCAGGACUGUGGCAUUGACAAAACCCAGAGGAAGAGAUGCCCCUUCUGUCGCUUCCAGAAGUGCCUCAGCGUCGGCAUGAGACUCGAGGCUGUCCGUGCAGAUCGAAUGAGAGGAGGAAGGAACAAGUUUGGUCCCAUGUACAAGCGGGACCGUGCCCUAAAACAGCAGAAGAGAGCUUUAAUCAGAGCCAGCGGCUUUAAAAUAGAGGCCAACCCAUCCCUCCUGUCCAGCACCCAGACAGAAUACCCGCUUCCCGGAUUGCUCUCAGGGCUCCAUCCCACUUCUCUGUCCUCUCCGGAGUACGACUGCCCUCCUCUCUGCCCCCCGGCCCUGGGUGUAGCGCUGCAGAGCUAUUGCUCAUUCCCGGCUCAGUACCAAUACACUGCUCCCUCCUUACCCAGCAGAUCGAUUAAAGCCGAAUAUCCAGACGCAUACUCCAGUUCACCAGACUCCUCACUGGGGUACCCAUACCCUGAUGGCUGCAUGCCCGCGUCCCCGCACACCAGCCCCAUGAACCCCGGCUUGCCCCCGCUGGUGCUCGAGCUGGUCAGCUGUGAUCCAGAUGAGGAGCAGGUGAGAGGGAAGAUCAGUGCGUACCUUCACCAGGAGCAAAGCGGCAAGGGGAAGCUGGACAAACCGUGGCCGUCCAGCCUGUUGUGUGUCAUGGCAGAUCAGACAUUGUUCUCAAUAGUCGAGUGGGCAAGAAGCUGUGUCUUCUUCAAGGAACUAAAGGUAGGAGAUCAGAUGCGACUGCUGCAUAACUGCUGGAGUGAGCUGCUGCUUCUCGAUCAUAUCUGCAGACAGGUGCAUCAUGGGAGAGAUAACAGUCUGCUACUCAUUACAGGACAGGAGGUGGAUCUGUCGGCCGUGUCUGACACGGGACCUCCUCUGGCCAGUAUGGUGCAGAGAGGACAGGAGCUGGCCAGGAGACUGCAGCUGCUGCAGGUGGACAGAAGAGAUAUGGCCUGUCUGAAGUUCCUCAUCCUCUUCAACCCCAAUGUGAAGCUCCUGGAGAACCAGCAGUAUGUGGAGAGCGUUCAGGAGCAGGUGAACAGCGCUCUGCUCGAGUACACACUCUACUCUUACCCUCAGUGUCUGGACCGCUUCAGUCAGCUCAUACUGCGGCUGCCUGAGGUCCAGUCACUCAGCGUGCAGGCCGAGGACUUCCUGUGCUACAAGCACCUGUGUGGAGAAGUGCCGUGCAACAAUCUGCUCAUAGAAAUGCUUCACGCCAAGAGGUCCACCGCUGUGUGAAAGUGACACUGCUUUGAGAGUUUAAGCCAUAUGCGCAAAAUGGAUGGUGAACAGUUUUCCGAAGGCAAUGCUUUCUUACCUUAUGUGAUGAAUGUACAGAAUUUGUUCAUUUGUAUUGUUUUUAAAUCAUUUGAGCAUGACAAUCAUUGGUGGACGCGGAGGUGUUUUUAUAGUGUUUUCUUCUUCGUGCCGUUAUUCUCUUGGCUAAGCGUGAUCUCUGCAGUCUAUAAGAGCGAUGUUUCAUUUGAGAACGCUUAUUUAUGUAUCUCCAUUAUUUUAUCUUAAUGCUCC